AUGGGAAGUGAAAGUAGUGUGAAGCUUCCACCAGGGUUUUACUUUUCUCCAACGGAUGAAGAACUAGUCCUUCAUUUUCUUUAUUCCAAAGCUUCUUUGCCGAAUCAUCCUAACAUCAUACCUCAACUUCACCUCUCUCAACAUCAUCCUUGCCAACUAUACGGUAAAGCAUUAUCAAGUGGAAAUCAACACUACUUUUUUACCGAAGAGAAGGAAAAUAGAAGCACUGAACAUGGAUAUUGGAAGGAAAUUGGGGUCACAAAACCUAUAAAUAAAUGGGGAAUAAAGAAGUAUUUUGUGUUCAAUCUUGGCGAAGGAAGUGAAACAAGUUGGGUAAUGGAAGAGUAUCACGUUUCUGAAUUUGGAUCUCAUGAUGAGAGUUGGAGCAAAUGGGUUUUAUGCAAAGUGUAUGAAAAGAAGAUGUCACAACAAGGUGCAAGUUGUUGUUAUAGCGAUGAUGAUAAUGAAUCUGAGGUCUCAUGGUUAGACCAAGUUUUUAUGUCGUUAGAUGAUCAUGAUUUUGAUCAAACAAGCCUACAUAAUUAA